GCUUCGACGGCAGCGCCGGCCGGCGCCGCUGUGGUUCUCAGCCCUACCCUCGAUUAUAUACAGGUCGCCAUGCUCUUCUCAAGGAUGGGUCUUGAGCAGUGAUCAUCACCAGUAACCCAUCACACACACACACACACACAAGACCACCAACACACAAGCCACAGCUUCUGCUCUCUCAUCCUGGACACUCGAGAGCGAUUCGGAGGCUAACCUGCACCCACCACUUGUUCUUCCUUGCCACCACUUGGCCGCUGGACAUCCGCGAGGCGGCAACCCUUGAGUAUCAAAGCGUCAACUCCAUGGCAGACCCGGGGGUGCACGAGCACGAGGCGUCUCACAGCGAUGCCGUCGUCGUCGUCUCCUUCACAUACCGCGGCAAGCAGCAUUCUCUACACUUUGAUGAGUCGGCCACGAUAGCGCACCUGUGCGCGGCCAUCGAGGAUGACCUCCGCGUCCCCGUUGAAAACCAGAAGCUGCUCGUCCCAAAGGUCGGCACGCUAAAGGCACCAUUCUCCGACGACAUGUCUCUCAAACAGCUUGAGAACAAAAAGAUCACACUCAUGGGCACCCCAAAUGAUGAGAUCGCCUCCCUGAACCGUGCAUCUGCGGCUGCGGCUGCCCGCCAAGCUCAUCUGGCCGCGGUCCGUCGCCACCCACCAAAGCUCAUCUCCCGUCGCGAUCCAGCCAGAGCGCAAGAAGACAGCACGUAUACCUUCAUGCAGCUCCGGCCGCUUCCAAACUUGCCACACCCCAGCCGCUCGCUGGCUUUUCUGGAGCGGCUCAAGGCCGACCCGGGCAUCAAGGCCGCCAUGCGCAAGCACAAGUUCUCUGUUGGCCUCCUUACCGAGAUGGACCCCUUGUCCAACACAGAGUCGAACCAUGAGGGCACCACGCGGAUUCUGGGGCUCAACCGCAACAAGGGCGAGGUUAUUGAGCUGCGGCUGCGGACAGACGCCUAUGACGGGUACCGAGACUACAAGACGAUCCGCAACACCUUGUGCCACGAGCUGGCGCACAAUGUGCACAGCCCUCACGACCGCAACUUCUGGGACCUGUGCCACCAGAUUGAGCGCGAGGUGGCCAAAGCCGACUGGAAGAGCGGAGGGCGCAACGUGGCCGGGUCCGACUUUUACGAGCCUGCAGACGUUGAAAGCGACGAGAUAGCAUACGACCAUGGGGGCUGGACGGGCGGCGAGUUCGUCCUGGGCGGAGGCACGGCGACCGGGGCAGCUGGGCCAAGCUCCAGCGGCAUUGCCUUGAGUAGGCGCGAGAUCAUUGCCAAAGCUGCGGAAGAGCGUAUGAAGAAGAUGACGGAGACGAGGAGAUCACCAGAUCGUUCGCCUGAUGGCAGCGAGGCUUCAAAGUAGUCGUUGGGCGGGCUGUCUGUGAGGUUUUGUGUUUUUCCAAGCAUCAGGAGCGUGUGGCAUUCUUCAGCGAUUAGACUGGGCGCACGGCGUUCUGGUUACAUUAUAAUAGUUAGUGAACAUUCCAUUUACACGGCGCAGCAUGCGAUCCGUUUUAAACGUCAA